AUGGAUAAUCAUUGUUUACGUGCUAUUAUAUUAAAAUUACAAGAUCGUCUUAGUAAUGAUGAUCGAAAACGCUUGCAUUUCUAUCUUGGCAAUGAUGUACCACGACGAAUAAGGGAUGAUCCAACACUUAGUGGAACACUUAGUCUUAUGGAUUCUCUUUUCGAUCAAGACAAAGUGAAUGAAAAAGAUUUUAGUUUUCUAAUAAAUGCAUUUGAUGAAAUUCAAUGUAUUGAUGCUGUGAAAUUAUUAAGAGAAUAUUGGAGACACAAUCAAUCAGAUGUACAAAAUCAAUCGGUUGACAGUUUAUCGAUGAUAAUGCCACCAAUGAUAAAUCAACCUUUUGAAGAUCAAGAUGAAGAUAAAUAUUCUAUGCAACAGCAACCAAAAUUCAACAAAUGGAAACAAAAUGCCAUCAUUGUAGCUGGUGGAAAUGAACGAGGAGAACAAUUAAAUCAACUCGAUCGCCCUUAUGGAAUGUUUAUUGAUAAAAUGAAAAAUAUUUUCAUCGCUGAUCAUGAUAAUCAUCGUAUUGUUGAAUGGAAAUUUAAUGCAAAAGAAGGGAAAGUUAUUGCAGGUGGACAUGGAGUAGGAAAUCGAAUGGAUCAAUUGAAUAAUCCAACAGAUGUAAUUGUUGAUCAACAAAAUCAUUCGAUCAUCAUUGCUGAUUAUAAUAACAGACGAGUGAUUCGAUGGUUGAAUCAAACGCAAGAAAUUCUCAUUGACGAUAUUCACUGUUGGGGCUUGGCAAUGGAUAAGUAUGGAUUUCUUUAUGUUUCUAAUCGUGAUAAGAAUGAAGUGAGACGAUGGAAAAUGGGUGAAUACAACAAUGAAGGAUUUGUAGUGGCAGGUGGAAAUGGUGAAGGACAUAGACUCAAUCAACUCAAUCCUCCUACUUUUAUCUUUAUCGAUGAAGAUCAAUCUGCUUAUGUAUCAGAAAGCAACAAUAAUCGUGUAACGAAAUGGAGAAAAGAUGCAAAAAAAGGAAAAGUUGUGGCUGGAGGAAAUGAUCAAGGAAGAAAUCUCAAUCAAUUGUCUUAUCCUCGAGGAGUAAUUGUUGACGAUUUGGGUCAAAUCUAUGUAGCAGAUUCGAGAAACAAUCGAAUAAUGCGUUGGUGUGAAAGAAGAGAAGAAGGUGAAAUUGUUGUUGGUGUAAAUGGUCAAGGAAGUCAAUCGAAUCAACUAAAUGGUGCCCGUGGUUUAUCUUUUGAUAAUGAAGGAAAUCUUUAUGUUGUUGGUUCCUCAAAUCAUCGAAUUGAAAAAUUUGAAAUAAUUCUGUAA